AUGAAAAGAAGUCUACCUGCUCCUGACUUAAUUUAUCGCUUUCCAAACGCUAUGAUCCUAUUACCAUUGACCUUGAGAAGUAAAGUGAUGAUGAUCAACAAAAGUCCACCUAAGUUGCUCCCAGCUCCGACUAGACCCGAGAUAACACCGAUUAUCGGUGGGUCAACGAAAGGGACGAUACCAAAUGUGGUGCCGGCGCACGCCUGGAAAAAUGAUUUGUAG